UAUCUGAUAGGUUGCAUAGCUCUUAAAGAAACGUCCAGGAAAUUACUCGAAAUUACUCAAAUAAUUAUUAGUAGUUGUAGUAGUAGUACUAAUAGUAGUAGCAGUAGUAGUACUAGUAGUAGUAGUACCACUAGUUUUUGAAGCAGUUGUAGUAGUAACGGUGUAUGCAAUGGCGAUAUGCAGCAAAUCUCCAUUAGUUGGCAGCAAAGCAGCAUAUGUGAUUAAGCGCAGAGGAAGACAGUGUCAGCUGAUGAGUGUAGUUCUUCUUUUGUUUGCUCCAGUCAAUGACUCGGUCUGGAUUUCAGCCCAUUUCUGGCUAAGCGGUGUUUAUCCGCUCUUUUACCCGACAGGUGGCGAUAGUCCGGCUAUCACUAACAGGUCGAUCACAUGAGCUGACGGCUGGAUGCUCCUCUACGACCUGGGUUCAACGCAGGCGACUACAUUGUAGGUAAGAGUGUGUCCAGACUAAAGAGAUGGCUCUGCUAAUGGAGCACCAGUUCAGACAGCUGCCAGCUGACAGACAGGUGGAAACAAGACCGUUUCUGGAGGCUGUGUCAUACCUUCCACCAUUCUUUGACUGCCUUGGAUCCACCAUUUUUGCUCCAAUCAAAGCUGACAUAACUGGUAACAUCACAAAAAUCAAAGCAGUUUAUGAUACCAAUCCGGGACGGUUCAAGACACUCCAGCAGAUUUUGGAGGCUGAGAAGGAAAUGCACGGAGGAGAAUGGCCCAAAGUUGGAGCAACCCUGGCACUUAUGUGGCUAAAGAGGGCUCUAAAAUUUAUCCAAGUGUUCCUUCAGAGCCUGGUGGACGGUGAGAAGGAUGACAACAACCCGAACCUCAUUCGAGUCAAUGUCACCAAAGCCUAUGAAAUAGCCCUAAAAAAGUAUCAUGGCUGGUUUGUGCAACAGCUCUUCAAGGCAGCUCUUUACGCUGCUCCGUAUAGGUCAGAUUUCCUGAAGGCCCUCUCCAAAGGUCGGGAGGUCAAGGACGAGGAAGCCUUGGAAAAAAUCAGAAAAUUCCUCGUCAACUUCACCGCCACCGUUGAUGCUAUUUAUGACAUAUAUAGUAAGAUGAAUGCAGAGCUCGACUACACAGUGUGACUGCUGAGUAACCCGCUUAGUUUACAAAGUCAUUCAGACUGUGCAGUCUGCACGUUCGUUUCUACAGGUCAUCUCACAGCUCACUGGGGGAGUCCAUUUAUAACACAUCAGCUAUGUUCUUUCAUUCUUCUGUGUGCCUUUUUCCUCACUUUGGGGGCAAGAUUUCCAAAGCAGCUACAGAUUCUUUGUACUCUGUUCGAAAAGCCAUUUCUCUUUAUAGGAAGAAAACACAACAUUCGUAUUUAAAUGCACGAAAAUAAUAUUGAGAAGCAAAGUGCAACUUGAACCAGCGAUGAGUCCGUCCAGCUGUUUGUGUGUGUUGUGUGUGUUGUGAUGUUCUACGUCACGAGCUAAGAAACAAGGCCGGUGUGUGCAUUUCUUAAUCAGUUUAUUUUCCAGUCAUGAUGAGGUUGUCCCAGGACAUUUAAGCAAUAGUGACUGUACGGAUCAUAAUGCAUAUGAAGUAUUUGGUGGUGAGUAAUACACAGUCAAUCAAAAUUCAAAACACGUUACAAGUACAUCACAGAAGAAAGGCGUGUUUUAUCACAUCCAACAGUUGCUGUAUUUUAUAGACAGACAUAAUGUCUGUGGAUUUGAUUGUGAUGUUUAAUUUAGAUUUUUUUGAUCGUUAUUUACACUGUGCUGCAGGCAGUUAAUUAUUACCUACACUUCAAAUUAUACAAAACAUAGUUUAACCAGGACCAUGACUCACAGUAUUUCUUUCAUCACAUGUUGUAUAGUUUUGUUUGUGGAAUUUUUUUUUUAAUUAUUAAAAAUGUGAACGUCUCAAAUACUGCACACCUCUUUGUGCCUUAAACUGGAAUUACCACUUAUUUAAGUGGCCGUAUCAGUUUUUCCCGCCUUUAAUUCCCACAUUUCAGUUUUCAUACGUCACCUUGUAGGCGGGCAACGAAAAAGUUACCGCCUUAUGACAUGCUGUAACUGUCUGCUGUGCAGGAUGUCUGCCUCUGUGCUGCCUUUCCAAAGUAUUGCUACACCAGAGUAUUUGUCAGUCCACUCGACUCUCAGGUGCUUACAUAAUAAUUAACGUGCAUUCUCACCAUGAGGAAAAGCUUUUGAUGACUCCAGGCGGGAUAAGGUUGCAUCCUGCGUCUUCUGGUAUAUUGUUGCAGUGUUGUGUACAGUGCAAAAUAACUCAUCUUUUAUUUUCAGUGAUUGUAGUAAAGAUAAUAAUAAAUAUGCAUUCAGCUGUUAAA